AAAAAAAAAAAAAGCCUCAAAUGACUUCCGUUUCCGGAUUCCGGAAUACUGGGAGUGGUAGGAAAGGUGAAACAAUAAUAAUAAUAAUAAAUAAUUUGGAAAAAGUCGGGUUCUCAAUCCCUCUCUCUCCCUCUGGACAGCGUCUCUGCAAAACCAGUUAUUAUUCUUAUUUUUUGCAAUCGUUUUAAAUUGUGUUUACUUGAUAAAUUCGACUUGCCUCGUCGUGCGACAUUGUUGCAGCGGAAGAAAACUUCUGAAUCGCAGACAUGUCUUUCAGGAGGGUGGUCCGUCAGUCCAAGUUCCGGCACGUCUUCGGGCAGGCUGUGAAGACAGACCAGUGCUACGAUGACAUCAGAGUGUCCAGGGUGACGUGGGACAGCUCCUUCUGCGCCGUCAACCCCAAGUUUGUGGCCGUCAUCGUGGAGGCCAGCGGGGGCGGGGCCUUCCUGGUGCUGCCUCUGGGAAAGACUGGACGCAUCGACAAAGCCUACCCCACUGUGUGUGGGCACACGGGACCAGUCCUGGACAUCGACUGGUGUCCCCACAAUGAUGAGGUCAUCGCCAGCGCCAGUGAAGACUGCACAGUGAAGGUUUGGCAGAUUCCAGAGCAGGGUCUCCUCUCCCCCCUCACGGACCCCGUUGUGUCCCUCGAGGGCCACUCCAAGAGAGUGGGUAUCAUCACAUGGCACCCCACUGCUCGCAAUGUGUUGCUGAGCGCAGGCUGUGAUAACGUUGUUCUGAUCUGGAACGUGGGUUCAGGAGAGGAGUUGUUUCGUCUGGAUGAGAUGCAUCCUGACCUUAUCUACAGCGCCGCCUGGAACCGCGACGGGAGUCUCAUCUGCACCUCCUGCAAGGACAAGGCUCUGCGCAUCAUCGACCCGCGCCGCGGCACCCUCGUGCAGGUGAAGGAGCGAGCUCACGAUGGCGCCAGGCCGAUGCGUUCGAUCUUCAUGUCGGAUGGGAAGAUCUUCACCACAGGAUUCAGCCGCAUGAGCGAGAGGCAGCUAGCCCUGUGGGACCCUAGCAACAUGGAGGAGCCCAUCGCUAUACAGGAAAUGGACAGCAGCAAUGGAGUUCUGCUUCCUUUCUACGAUCCUGAUACCAAUGUGGUGUAUCUGUGUGGGAAGGGAGAUUCCAGUAUCCGUUAUUUUGAGGUCACCUCGCAGAGCCCUUACGUUCACUUCCUGAACACCUUCAUCAGCAAGGAGCCCCAGAGAGGGAUGGGCUUCAUGAGCAAGAGGGGGGUGGAUGUGAACAAGUGUGAGAUUGCCAGGUUUUACAAACUUCACGAGCGCAAGUGUGAGCCAAUCACGAUGACCGUGCCAAGAAAGGUGAGGUCCAGCCUGGACCUGGUCCAGGAUGACCUGUACCCCGACCCGGCCGGGCCGGAGCCCCCCCUAGAGGCGGAGGACUGGGUUGCAGGACGGGACGCACCUCCCCUCCUCGUCUCUCUGCGGGACGGCUACGUGCCCACCAAGCAACGGGACCUCAAAGUGACCCGCAAGAACGUGCUGAGCGCCCCGGCAAGCACGGGGGGAGGGGCCAAGACAGGGGCCCCCGCCCACCUCUCCACGGGCCCCGCCCACCAGGCCACUCCCAUAAUACAGCACCCAGAUGACGAGAAGAUGUCAGAGAUCAUGGAGGAGCUCCGAAAUCUCAAGCUGCUGGUUAAAACGCAGGGGAAGAGGAUCGCUAAACUGGAGGAACAGCUCGCCCAGUUUGAGGACGGGGACGUCUGAGACGGGACGAGACGGGACGGGGGGUCAGGGGCUAGGGGGUACACCAUUGAAUGCAACUAUAAUCAGGGUUUGUGGGUGAAUUUAUUUUUCUUCAAUUCUGUUCUAAAAUCUGAUUCCAAAUUCCAGAUCCUUCGAAGGAAGAGAUAUGCAUUAAGAGGCCUAAUAGUAAUAAUAAUAAUAAUAAUAAUAAUAAUUGAUGUAACAGUUCAACAGCUUUCAUUUGAAGCCUAUUUAA